CGAACUGUUCUACGCAAUAGACACGAUAACCAAAACGCAACACAAUGCGUAAACAAUCUUUUGGGAAGGACGAAGCCACUCCGGAUGGAGAUCGGACUGAUGUAUCUCCCAGAGAAAUCUUUAACGGCAUAAAAGGUCUUAAUUUGAACAGCUAUGCGACACGAAAAUCCAUCGCCCAGGGAAUGCUAGAUCUGGCACUGCUCACUGCUAAUGCAUCACAGCUAAAGUACAUCCUAACCGUCGGGAUGGCGCAUGAAUUUUAUCAUUUCCUGCUAGUUCUCAUCAUAAUAUCGAUCGCGCUUCAGGUAUUUCAAGCGCUUCUAAUCAUUUUGCUUGCCAUCGUAUUUGAUAUUAACAAGGUCGAAGAGCAGAAGCGCUCUGAUAUCAUCAACAAUAUUCUGAUCGCUAUAACUGUGAUAAGUGUCGUUGUAAAUGUAAUCAUUAGUGCGUUCGAUAUGAAAUCUCAAACAGACGUCUUGAAGCAGAGUUGAUCACGGAACACUCACGAAUAUACAAGUUCUAUGUACUAGAUAAGAAGAAAAACGUUACGUUAUCAAACACCAAACUGGAAACGCGUAGCUGGAAGCAGCACGUAAACUAACCAACGGAAAGCACCCUGCUUCUAAUAAA